CAAGAACAUGGCCGACGUGACAACGGUGGACGGAGAGAAACUCAGCAAAAAGUCGCUCUGCAGACUGUGGUAGUUCAGCAUGCUGUGUCUGGUCAGGGCAGCCAGGCAGCAGCUGUGCCAAGCCUAUGGGGUCAGGGGACAGUGGUUAAAAUAUGCACCCCCAUGUACAGCUGAAGCCCCAGCUCAAAUUUGCGGGACCCGAUGGAGAGGUGACAAAAGUGAGCUGAAGAGGCGAAUGAAAGCUGAGAAAAAGGCUGUUGAGAAAGAAACCAAAGUCAAAGAGCAUCUGGCACAAAAGAAGGAAUCGAAUGACCAGGGAGCUCAAAAUGUCUGUGGGCUGGAUGACGAGACGCUUGACCCAAAUCAAUACUAUAAGAUCCGCACCCAGGCCAUCCAGGAGCUGAAGGGCACAGCAGAGGACCCAUACCCACACAAGUAUCAAGUGGACUUGUCACUCACAGAGUUCAUUGAGAAAUACAACAAUCUUCAGGCAGGAGACCAGCUAACAGAUGUUGUUCUCAACUUGUCAGGCCGCGUCCAUGCCAAGAGGGCUUCCGGUGCCAAGCUGCUGUUUUAUGAUCUGCGAGGUGAAGGCGUCAAGUUGCAAGUUAUGGCCAACUCAAGGAACUACAAGUCUGAGGAAGCCUUUGUGGCCAUCAACAACAAGCUGCGGCGCGGUGACAUUAUUGGUGUCCGAGGUAACCCAGGGAAGACAAAAAAAGGGGAGUUGAGCAUAAUCCCAAUCGAGAUGACCCUACUGUCACCUUGUUUGCACAUGUUGCCCCACCUCCAUUUUGGUCUCAAAGACAAGGAAACACGAUUCCGUCAGCGCUACCUGGAUCUGAUCCUCAAUGAUUAUGUGAGGCAGAAGUUUAUUACACGCUCCAAAAUCAUUACAUACCUGCGCAGCUUCCUGGACCAGCUGGGAUUUUUGGAGAUUGAGACACCAAUGAUGAACAUUAUUCCCGGUGGAGCAGUGGCCCGUCCAUUUGUAACUUACCACAAUGACCUGGAUAUGAACCUGUUCAUGAGGAUUGCUCCUGAGCUGUACCACAAGAUGCUUGUGGUUGGUGGUAUUGACAGAGUGUAUGAGAUCGGGCGUCAGUUCAGGAAUGAAGGCAUCGAUCUUACUCAUAAUCCAGAGUUCACCACCUGUGAAUUCUACAUGGCAUAUGCAGAUUACCACGACUUGAUGGACAUCACAGAGAAACUACUCUCAGGAAUGGUGAAGCACAUCACUGGAGGAUACAAGGUGACUUAUCACCCUGAUGGUCCAGAGGGACAGGCCUAUGAGAUUGAUUUCACUCCACCAUUCAGAAGAGUGAGCAUGACACACGACCUGGAGAAGAUUAUGGGAGUCAAAUUCCCACCUACUGACAGCUAUGACAGUGCUGAGACUCGUAAAUUCUUUGAUGACCUGUGUGCCCAGAAAGGAGUGGAAUGUCCUCCACCCAGAACCACUGCCCGCCUCCUUGACAAGAUGGUUGGAGAUUUCCUUGAGGUCACCUGUAUCAAUCCCACAUUCAUCUGUGAUCACCCUCAAAUCAUGAGUCCUUUAGCUAAAUGGCACAGAUCACAGAAAGGCCUAACAGAGCGUUUUGAGCUCUUCGUGAUGAAGAAGGAGGUCUGCAAUGCGUACACUGAGUUGAAUGAUCCAAUUAGACAGAGGGAGCUUUUUGAGCAGCAAGCCAAGGCCAAAGCUGAGGGCGAUGACGAGGCUAUGUUCAUCGACGAGACCUUCUGCACAGCACUGGAAUAUGGACUACCACCAACUGCUGGCUGGGGAAUGGGCAUUGAUCGUCUCACCAUGUUCCUCACUGACUCUAAUAACAUCAAGGAGGUGUUGCUGUUCCCAGCCAUGAAGCCUGAUGACAAUAAGACAUCAGCACCCUCAGAGGGCACCUCUGUGUAACACUAUGACCUCUGACCUCCCCUGCAGGCAGAUCUGUGUGGGGAAGGAGCCUUUACCUCGCUGUGGUCAUCAGUGGAGUCAGUUUUUCUGUUUAAUUGGUGUUGGUUUGUCAAAGGUUUGAUCCUUGCAGUUGUUAAGGGAAAUUAUCUAUUCUGCCACAUGAAUGAAUGGUAAACGAUGACGAAAGUUUUUCUUUUUUUCAGUUUGUUUUUCUUAAACUUUCACAGUCAUAUUUUCUGCAUCUUCCUUAUUUGACCGUAACUGUUUUUUAACUGUUUUAAUCCUCAUUGUCAUCCAGACAGUAAAUGGAUGGUUUAAGAUCAUGAAGUCAUCUGUAAUCUGCUGUUGUCUGCAGACCUGGGUGAAAUGUUUGUGAAUAUGCUUUGAGACAGUUAAAGCAGUGAAGGGCUGCUUGAUUCUGAUACACAGAGUAGACACAACAAAAUAAGCAAUUUUAAAUCUUCUCAAUAUAUUCAUCUAUUUUUACCAGGUCUGCCUGUAUUCCUUGUCUAAACAUUUUUCAAAAUGGACUCCACAAAUUCAACGUUCCUCUGCCAAGAAGUUUAAAACAUGAGUAUGUCUGAAUAAAGAGCAUAUGAUAUGA